UGUACCCACAAUCCUUUGCGCUCUGUAAAAUAAGAAUCUCACAUCUGUCCUCUAAACACACAGGCGGAGUGAUCGAGUAAACUCGAAAAGUCAGAUUUGGUGCUGUUCAGUGAUGGACCAGCAGUACGAGCGGCGGCUGCUUCAACAAAUCAAUAUCCAGAAUGCUAACACCAGCCCCAUGAUUAAAGCCACAGAGGUCACAUGUGCACUGACCCCCGCCAAGCCGCCUCUGUCCUCACCAAGUAAACACGGAGAUCGGUUCAUCCCAUCCCGAGCCGGCGCCAACUGGAGUGUCAACUUCCACCGCAUAAAUGAAAACGAGAAGUCGCACAAUCAAAACAGGAAGACAAAAGACGGCACGUCAGACAACGGUAAAGCAGUAGAUGGCCUGGCAUACAGCGCGCUACUGAAAAACGAGCUGCUGGGAGCCGGCAUCGAGAAAGUGCAGGACCCUCAGGCGGAGGACAGGCGGCUGCAACCCUCUACACUUGAGAAGACAAGUCUGUUUAGUUAUUCACUACGUGCCAAGCGCCCACUCCCUGAUGAUGGCAACAGUGUCUCUCCUUACUCCCUCUCACCUGUCAGCAGUAACAGUCAGAAGUUGUUAAGAUCUCCACGGAAGCCCAUGCGCAAGAUUUCCAAGAUUCCCUUUAAGGUCUUGGAUGCCCCGGAGCUGCAGGACGACUUUUACCUCAAUCUGGUGGACUGGUCAUCUUUAAAUGUCCUCAGCGUCGGCCUCGGCACCUGCGUGUACCUGUGGAGUGCCUGCACCAGCCAGGUGACACGGCUGUGCGAUCUGUCCGUGGAAAGCGACUCAGUCACAUCAGUGGGUUGGUCAGAGAGAGGCAACUUGGUGUCAGUGGGUACUCAUAAGGGCUAUGUACAGAUUUGGGACGCAGCUGCAGGGAAGAAGCUGUCUGUAUUAGAGGGCCACACAGCCAGAGUCGGAGCAUUAGCAUGGAAUGCAGACCAGCUGUCUUCAGGCAGCAGGGACCGCCUGAUCCUGCAACGUGAUAUCCGAGCUCCUCCGCUUCAGUCUGAGCGCAGGUUACAGGGCCACCGACAGGAAGUGUGCGGCCUCAAGUGGAGCACUGACCACCAGCUCCUUGCCUCUGGUGGCAAUGACAAUAAGCUGCUGGUGUGGAAUCACUCGAGUGUCUUACCCAUGCAGCAGUACACCGAGCAUUCAGCAGCUGUGAAAGCCAUCUCCUGGUCUCCUCAUCAGCACGGCCUUCUGGCAUCUGGGGGCGGCACUGCCGACCGCUGCAUCCGCUUCUGGAACACGCUGACUGGGCAGCCACUGCAGUGUACAGACACAGGCUCACAGGUCUGCAACCUGGCCUGGUCCAAACACACCAAUGAACUGGUCAGCACACAUGGCUACUCGCAGAAUCAAAUUCUGGUGUGGAAGUACCCAACUCUGACCCAGGUGGCGAAACUCACUGGCCACUCCUACAGAGUACUAUACCUGGCUAUGUCUCCAGACGGAGAGGCCAUAGUCACUGGAGCAGGAGAUGAGACACUGCGCUUCUGGAACGUCUUCAGCAAAACCAGAUCCACCAAGGAAUCCAUAUCUGUAUUGAACUUAUUUACGAGGAUCCGAUGACUUGUACACUGAUGGACACUUUUUGAAGCCUGGCCUCUUUUUUUUUUUUUUUUUUUUUUCCCCCCCUCCCACAAAUGUAUAUAUUUAUUAUUAUUAAAUUUGUUUUUGUCCCUUACAA